AUGCGCUGUUUAUUGUUUGAGAAUGCUUUUAUUGUUAAAAGACUAUAUACAAAUACAAAUUUAUUUACUAAAUAUGGAUGCCUGGCUAUUGAAGAAACUGGUAAUAAGCCAUUUCAAAAAUUACAAUUUCUCGUCAGAGAUUGGAGUUACCCGUAUGAGGCAAAUUAUGGAUCGGGAGGAGGACGCAAAAUUUUAGAUAAAAUAUUAGAGAUUUCAGAUGGAAUGCAUCCGGAAUUGGCAACAUUAAGGAAACACAUUAAAUCAUGUUUUACUGAUAUGGAGUGUUUUUUGAUGCCACACCCUGGCUUCAAAGUGUCAACAAAUCCCGAUUUCGAUGGACGAUUGUCUGAUAUGGAAGAUACGUUUAAAAUAUGUAUCGAACAAUUUCUUCCCAUGCUGCUGUCUGCUGAAAACAUAAUUCAAAAAGAAAUCGGAGGCGCUAAAGUUAAAGUCAAAGACUUGGUGCGAUAUUUCAAAUGUUAUAUGGAGGUGUUUAAUGGAGACGAUAUUCCUCAACCAAAAUCUAUUCUUGCUGCGACUGCAGAAGCAGGCAACCAAUCAGCUGUUGCAGCUGCAAAAGAAACUUACCAUCGACUGUUAUCCGCGGCUUGUCAAGCCACUGAACCUUAUCUCAGCGUUGAGGAGUUAGAACAAGAACACCAAAGGUGUAAAGCGGAAGCGAUGGAGAAAUUUAUGAAUAAACCUAAGAUGGGUGGAAAUGAACUUUCCGAACAAUAUAGAAUUCAAGUGGAACAGGUGAGUUGCCAAUAGAGAAUUUUGAAAAAUGUUCGGGUGUACGAGUAUGAAUUUGGAGAACCAAUGUGUAAAAAUAUGUAAUGUAGAAUGUUAGAUAUGUACCCACUACCCAGGUACCUACCUGGCCAACUAAAAGUGGUUUUGGAUUAUGACGACAGCAAUAUCAUUAUCUUUUGAAACUGGGCCAUUUUCUUCAAAACAAGUUGGCAACG